AUGCCCAAGUUUCUCCGGGGGUGUCCUCGGUCACGGUCAGCAGGGCGCAGGCGCAAUCACAGGAUCGUGGGGAUGCCAGGCGUCCAGGGCAGCCGGAAGAUGGGGACCUCCGGACCUGAACCCCGAAAGGCCGCUAGGAGCCGGGAAGAGGGAGACGUGGAGCGGAACGGAGAGCGCGAAGGUGAGGUUUCCUGGGAACACAUUUCACGGCUGCACCAGUUGAGGAUGGCUGAAACUCAGUCUCUGCCGGAGCCACCCGCAUCCUCAUCCACAUCUCAAGAACACAGUGGCGGCUUUAAGAAGCCAGCCUUGCCAUCGCCUCCAGCAGGGCGGGGUAAGGCUCCCGCCGCCAGUCCCACAAACCCUGGGGAGGGGAAGCAGGAAUGUCCCACGGCGCUGCCGGACCCCGACUCUGGGGAGCCCGACGUCCCGCCGCCUCGGCCGGACAGCGGGGAGAACAGGGGUGAGAAGCUGCGUCCCCCGGCGGUGGUUUCUUCCCCUGGCGUCCCCGCGAGAGCUCCGCCGUACCAAGAGCCGCCGUGGGGCAGCCCAGCCACGGCCCCGUACAGCCUAGAGACUCUGAAGGGUGGCACCAUCGUUGGCACCCGUAACUUGGAAGGGACGAGUUGUUGCCUUUUCGGAAGGCUGUCUAGCUGUGACGUGUGCCUGGAACACCCUUCGGUGUCUCGACACCACGCCGUGCUGCAGCACAGGACGCCCGACCCGGACGGGGAAUGCGACGGCCACGGGCAGGGCUUCUACCUCUAUGAUCUGGGCAGUACCCACGGCACUUUCCUCAACAAAACCCGCAUCCCACCGCACACCUAUUGCAAAGUUCACGUUGGGCACGUUUUUCGCUUUGGAGGCAGCACUCGCCUCUUUAUCCUACAGGGACCAGAGGAAGACAGAGAGGCAGAAUCCGAGUUAACGGUAACACAGUUGAAGGAACUACGAAAGCAGCAGCAGAUUUUGCUGGAGAAGAAGAUGCUAGGAGAAGACUCUGAUGAAGAAGAGGAAAUGGACACCACCGAGAGGAAGAGAAAUACUAGUGGCCAAGAUGAUGAGAUGGGUUGCACAUGGGGAAUGGGAGAAGAUGCUGUAGAGGAUGAGGCUGAAGAGAACCCCAUUGUUUUAGAGUUUCAGCAGGAACGGGAGGCCUUUUACAUAAAGGAUCCAAAAAAAGCUCUCCAAGGUUUCUUUGACCGAGAAGGAGAAGAAUUAGAAUAUGAAUUUGAUGAACAAGGACAUAGCACUUGGCUCUGUAGAGUGAGAUUACCUGUGGAUGAUUCAACUGGGAAGCAACUGGUGGCGGAGGCCAUUCAUUCAGGAAAGAAAAAAGAAGCAAUGAUUCAGUGCUCACUGGAAGCUUGUCGGAUCCUUGACACUUUGGGAUUGCUGAGGCAGGAAGCAGUGUCUCGGAAAAGAAAAGCCAAGAACUGGGAAGAUGAAGACUUUUACGAUAGUGAUGAUGACACAUUCCUUGAUCGGACUGGUCUGGUUGAGAAAAAGCGUCUGAACCGAAUGAAGAAGGCUGGGAAGAUUGAGGAGAAGCCAGAGACCUUUGAAUCACUGGUUGCAAAGUUAAAUGACGCUGAAAAGGAACUCUCUGAAAUUUCUGAGAGGCUGAAGGCCUCAAGUAAAGUUUUAUCUGAGUCGCCAUCUCAGGACUCUUUGGAUGCAUUCAUGUCAGAAAUGAAAUCAGGUAGUGCAUUAGAUGGUGUGUCCCGGAAGAAACUUCACCUGAGAACUUUUGAGCUAAGGAAAGAACAGCAGAGACUUAAGGGAUUGAUAAAAAUUGUAAAGCCAGCAGCGAUUCCAGAGCUAAAAAAGACUGAACUUCAGCCUACAGAUGCAGAAAACAAAGCUAAGAAGCUUACAUUACCUCUCUUUGGUGCCAUGAAAGGAGGAAGUAAAUUCAAAUUAAAAACAGGAACAGUAGGGAAGUUGCCCCCCAAACGUCCAGAACUCCCUCCAACUUUAAUGAGAAUGAAGGAUGAGCCUGAAGUCGAAGAGGAAGAAGAGGAAGAGGAGGAAGAGAAAGAAAAGGAGGAAUAUGAAAAGAAAACAGAGGAUGUAAGCAGUAGGCUGCUGCAGGAGACAAAGCCAGAAACAGCAAUGUGGGAAACAAGUGCUCCCACAGAUCUCACAUGUUCUAAGGAAACAAAAAGCCAUGAAAACAUGUCUCAACUCAACCAAGUGGAGCAGAAUAAAGAUUAUGAAGAGGUUAGCGAAAUAGCUUCAUCACGAGAGGAACCCUCUGUGUCAGAGAAUGAAUAUGAGAAAAGCAGAGAUGAAUUGCAGAAAAAGAAAGCUCCUGGUCAAGGCAAAUUGCCACCCACACUUUCUUCCAAAUAUCCUGAAGAUGACCCAGACUACUGUGUGUGGGUCCCACCUGAAGGCCAAAGUGGAGAUGGCAGAACCCAUCUUAAUGACAAGUAUGGCUAUUGAUUGCUUCACAAUCCCAAAGGAAGACCUUGUGGACCAUGCAACAUAAUAUAUUUGGGAUGAUAUGUCAAAUUGAAUGGCCAAAGGAGUUCAGAUGAUCAUUUAUAAAAUCUGGUGACCGGCCUUUUCUUCCACGCUCUUGGCUUCCUAAAUUUACCUGUGUGUCUGAUUUUCCUGAAUUUGAUAUUUAUGUUUAAAAGUAUUUGUGUAUAUAUGUAAAAAGGUAAUGAUAUGCUUUGAAAAUUAGUAAAGUGAGAGACAUUACUGUAUUAUAAAAUGAGAAG